AUGGCUAUUAUCAUCUCUUUUCCUGCGGCUGCACUUUACUAUGCGGUCUAUGCCGUUCCUCCUUUGUUCCUACUUUAUCUUACCCUCAAUUAUUUCUACAAUUCCCUAAACGUCUUUCCGGGACCUUUCUGGGCGCACCUGACUGAUAUUUGGCGAUAUAUCGAUGUGAGGGGUCGACGUCCUGAACUUACGCAUAUAGCUUUACACCGCAAGUAUGGCGAUGUUGUGCGCCUGGGGCCACGCACUUUGUCCUUCGCAGACCCAAAGGCAACGAAAGUGAUCUACGGUCUAAACAAAGGAUUCACCAAGUCCGAAUUUUACCCCGUCCAAAUGACCGUUUCUAAAGGCGAGCCAUUACCAUCGCUGUUCUCUACGCUAGAUGAGACAUUCCAUGCGAAUCUCCGCCGUUCUGUCAACCAUGCGUUCUCAAUGAGUUCAUUGGUACAGUACGAGCCCAUGGUCGAUGAGACGACAGAAAUUUUCCUCGAUCAAACAAGCCGACUCUUCGCUGAUGGAUCCACGGUGUGUGAUUUCGCACGGUGGCUACAAUUCUUUGCCUUUGAUGUUAUUGGAAGUAUUACCUAUAGUAAACGCCAUGGAUUUAUCGAGAAAAACGAAGAUAUCGAUGGAAUCGUCAGUUCCCUGGCAAAUAUCUUCGAUUAUUCUGCCCCUGUUGGUCAAAUGCCAUGGCUAGAUAAACUAUUUUGGAAGAAUCCAAUAUUUGAUCUUCUUCAAAGGUUGGGCUUAUCAGAUAAUUCCCAUCCUGUGGCCAUCUUCGCAAAGCAUCGCAUGGAGGAACGUAUGUCAGCAAAAGUUGAUAUAACGGGAUCGAAGGAUGACCUUCUCACAAUGUUCCUCAAGGCCGGUGAAACCCGUCCAGAUUUCAUGACAAACAAACGAAUCCUUACUAUGGCCGUUUCUAUGGCCUUUGCCGGGUCUGAAACAACCGCCAUCAGUAUUGCAGCCGUUUUCUACUACUUACUUAAGAACCCGGAGUGCAUGACACGGGUUAAGAAGGAGCUGGACGAUGCCGUGGACAACGGUACAAUCGUGAACUGCCCAACAGGACUUGUCUCAUGGACAGAGUCACGACAGCUGCCCUAUCUCGAUGCCUGUGUAAAGGAAGCUUUCCGUAUGCAUCCCGCUGCGGGACUUCCGCUGGAACGUGUUGUUCCUGCAUCAGGGGUGGAGAUCUCCGGUCAUUUCAUUCCUGGCGGAACAAUCGUUGGUUGCAGCCCCUGGGUUAUUCACCGUCGUCAAGAUAUUUUUGGACCAGACACCGAUGUAUACAACCCUGAUAGAUGGCUUACUGCGCCGCCAGAUCAAAUAAAGGCUAUGGAUGGAAUGAUGCUCCAGUUCGGUGCCGGUACAAUUGGCACACCCUGA